GGCCAUCCCUUCCGUUCAUCUGCUUCACCGCAUUCAUUUUUCGAUCUGGCAAUGCAUCGAGUAGCUUCCAAACUAGCGUCGUCCAUCGGCUCCUCCUCUUCCAAAAAACUUGUAUGUAAUCGGAUAAUAUCCAACAGAAAUUAUGUGGCAAAAGAUAUCAACUUUGGAAUUGGGGCACGCGCUGCUAUGCUUCAAGGGGUUUCUGAGGUUGCAGCGGCUGUAAAAGUAACAAUGGGACCUAGGGGCCGCAAUGUAAUCAUUGAGAAAAGUCAUGGAAAACUCAAGAUUACAAAGGAUGGAGUGACCGUUGCCAAAAGUGUCAAAUUUGAAGACAAGGCCAAAAAUCUUGGUGCUGAUCUCGUGAAGCAGGUGGCUAAGGCUACCAAUACUGCUGCUGGCGAUGGUACCACUUGUGCAACUGUUCUUACACAGGCUAUACUUACAGAAGGUUGCAAAGCAAUUGCUGCUGGUGUAAAUGUCAUGGAUUUGCGAAAUGGUAUAAAUAAGGCAGUUGAUGCUGUAAUUACUGAUUUGAAAAGCAGAGCAUUAAUGAUUAGCACACAAGAAGAAAUAACCCAGGUUGGAACUAUAUCUGCUAAUGGAGAGUGUGAUAUUGGGGAGCUUAUUGCAAGAGCAAUGGAGAAAGUUGGAAAGGAGGGAGUCAUUACUGUUGCUGAUGGGAACACUUUGCAUAAUGAGUUGGAAGUGGUAGAAGGAAUGAAGCUGACCAGAGGCUAUAUAUCUCCUUAUUUUAUUACUGAUCAUAAGACCCAGAAAUGUGAAUUGGAGCAUCCCCUUAUACUAAUCCAUGAGAAGAAAAUAUCAGAUAUGAGCUCACUGGUGAAAAUAUUGGAGCUAGCAAUGGAGAAGCAUAGGCCACUCCUUGUUGUUGCGGAGGAUGUUGAGAGUGAGGCUCUGGCUAUGCUUAUACUCAACAAGCAUCGUGCUGGGCUUAAGGUUUGUGCUGUAAAAGCUCCUGGUUUUGGAGAAAAUAGAAAAGCUGGUUUAGAUGAUCUAGCCAUUCUUACGGGAGGAGAGGUCAUUACAGAAGAACGAGGUUUGACUCUAGAUAAAGUCCAGCUAGAAAUGCUUGGUUCUGCCAGAAAGGUUACUGUUUCUCUUGAUGAUACCAUUAUUCUACAUGGCGGUGGGGAUAAGAAGCUCAUUGAAGAUAGAUGUGAGCAGCUCAGGGCAGCAAUUGAAAAGAGCACUGCCACAUUUGAUAAAGAGAAAGCACAGGAACGACUAUCAAAGCUUUCUGGUGGUGUAGCUGUUUUCAAGGUUGGAGGGGCUAGUGAAACAGAAGUUGGGGAAAGGAAGGAUAGGGUAACUGAUGCUAUAAAUGCUACAAGAGCAGCCGUGGAGGAGGGAAUUGUGCCAGGCGGUGGAGUUGCUCUCUUAUAUGCUAGUAAAAUAUUGGGCAACCUUCAAACCCGAAAUGAGGAUGAGAAGAGAGGAGUGGAGAUAAUUCAGAAUGCACUUAAGGCACCUGCAUUCGCAAUAGCUUCUAAUGCUGGUUUUGAUGGUGCUUUAGUUACUGGGAAAUUGUUGGAACAAGACGAUGAUAAAUUUGGUUUUGACGCCGCUAAAGGUGUUUAUGUUGACAUGGUGAAGUCCGGAAUUAUAGAUCCUCUUAAAGUUGUCAGAACAGCAUUGGUUGAUGCUGCCAGUGUGUCAUUGCUUCUGACAACAACUGAAGCGUCUGUGGUGGAUCAUACGACUGGCCCAAAUAAACCUCCAAAGCGUGUGGCAGAUAUGGAUGAGUUGGACAUCUAACUUCGUCAAACCCAUUUUUGAGAAACAUUUGCUGACUCUGAACUCGCCGGUGAGAUCGAAAGCUCUGUACUUUAUUUACAGAGCCAGGGGGUCCAUUCUUGAUUCAUUCCUGCAUAUUUUGAACCCAUUGCUGCGAAACCUGAAGCUCUGUAUCUACCAUGUGUUGUCACAAAUAGAUUUAAUGAUUGAGUCCAUAGAAAACAUGAUAUUAUAAUAUUACAUUAGCGGGAAGUUCCCUUUUAAUUUUUGGAAAUAUAUCUUGUUCUUGAGAUCAAAAGAUAUGACUUCGUUUGCACUACAAGCU